CCUUCCUCCGAGCCGAUGCUGCAGCCAGCUGGGUUCUGCGCGCAGCCGUGCGUGCCUGCGUGGGCACUCGGGGGGGACGCGAUGCGCCUGAGCUCCGGAGGGAGGGAUUGCAUCGUCCUCACAUUGCCUGUCUUGGCUGUUCCCUGGUGUGUCGGCCACGCUGGACGCAGCCUUGACGGAUGCUUCUGAUCCGAAGGUGCGCCGAGGCUCCUGGGUGCAGAUGCCCUGCCGUAAACCGGCCGCCCGCAGAAGGACCUGCCUGGCUUAGCCAGCCCAUCUCCCUGGCGCCCCGACGGUGAUGGCCUUGACGUCCCAGUGAGGGGUGAAAGAACGAGGACCAAGGCCCCCUGACACUGCCACAUCCUCCCUGGGAGAGUCAUGGAAGAGCCUCUGGAUGUGCCCGUAGGGAACCUCAUUGACUUUGAUGCUGAAACACCCACCUGCAUCCCCUCAGAGCCCUCUCCUCCCCCUGCCCCGAGUGGCAAUGGGCACCUGGGGGACACAGAGGAUGUGGCUGAGGAGGAGAGCGACGCCACUGAGUCAGCAGACAGCGAGAAUGACAUGGGCGACUCUCCCAGGCACUGGGGUGGCUAUCACCGCUCCUCAUCCAAUGAGUCCUUCUCCUCCAGCCAGAGCACUGAGUCAUCCGGGGACAAGGAGAUGGCCGAGCGCAGGGAGUUCAUACGGCACUACGUGGAGAAGAUCUUCACUGGGGGAGAGGAUUUGGACCAAGAAGAAAAGGCCAGGUUUGGUGAGCUCUGCAGUGGCGAGAAUGGGAAGGGCAGGGAGUGGUUUGCGAGAUACGUGAGCGCCCAGCGCUGCAACUCCAAGUGCGUCUCGGAACAGACCUUCUACCGCCUGAUGCAGUCGUUCGCCCUCGUGCUAUUUGAGUGUCACCAGAUGGAUGACUUCAGCCCUGCCAAGAACCUCAUGACCAUGUGUUUCACCUACUAUUACAUUGGCAAGACGCACGCGCUACCCUUGGAGGCCAAAGAGAAGCCGAUGGGCAGUAUUGACUCGUACCUGAAAUCAGCCAACAGCUGGCUGGCAGAGAAGAAGGACAUUGCAGAGCGACUGCUGAAAAACACCUCAGCCAAGACGGAGAACGUCAAGGGCUUCUUCGGGGGCCUGGAGACUAAACUGAAGGGUCCUACCACCAAAAAGAGCAAUGAAGAUGAGGACAAACCGAAGGAGAAGCUGAAGAAGACGGUUUCUGUGCAGAGCCCAGAGGAGGAGAAGAAAGGAGAGAAAAUCUACCUUUACAUGCACCUCAAGCAGCAGCCGAUCUGGCACAACCUACGGUUUUGGAACGCCGCCUUCUUCGAUGCUGUGCACUGUGAGCGCAGGAAGCGGUCCCCCACCACCAGAGGGAACGCUGGGGAGGAAGAGGAGAAGAGGGAGAAGUGGUGCCACAUGACACAGGAGGAACGUGAUGACAGUCUCCGCUUCAACGAGAACAUCACCUUCGGGCAGCUGGGCACUUUCAUUCACAACAUGUUGGCUUUCGGCCUGAACAAGAAGCUCUGCAGCGACUUCCUGAAGAAGCAGGCGACCAUCGGAAAUUUGGAUGAAGAGCAAUACAAGCUUCUCAGCAACCACAUCGAGCAGAUGGCCACUGAAUAGCCGCCUGGCUGGCGUGCUGCAAUGGAGAGACAGCAGCUGGAGCAGGUGGGGAGGGGAGAGAAACUCACCUCCAGGGCUACCUGAAACUGAAGCUGGGCUACUUAAAAAAAAAACCAACAAACAAACCACACAUACAAGCUGCAAUAAAACCUGCAUGAUCAUCUACCAAACUUUAGGGCUGCGCCAGGGCAGCCUGUAGAGAUAGGAGCCAAUCAGCUCCCCCUCCCUCGCCAGACCCUCUCGCAUCUAUUUUCAGAGUAGACAGUCCCAAAAGUGUAUUUUAUCAGCUAAAAAGAAAAACAAACCAAGAAACAAGAUAAAAGCAAAAAGAGAGUGACCGCUGCAGCCCCACAGGGUGUUCAUGGGAGGUGGAUGGCUGAGUCUCCAGCCUCCUGCGAAAUGCUGCCUAUGGUCUUCAAUUUUUCAGAGCACGAUGGCAGCAGGUGCAGAGCUGCCAAAUUUCUUUGCUCCCUGGUGGCUUUCCAAGGCUGCUGUGGACAGUGGGAAAUUUGGAGGAAUCCGAGGCAGCAAGCUUCCUGCUGUCUUUCCCGGUUGGCAUCUGCUGGGUGAGCACAGGGAGGAUGGAGCUGGACCAGAUGUGCAGGAGGGGAUGGCAGGGACCUCAUCCAGCUGCUGGGGCCAUAUCCACUCACCAAGAGAAGCCACUGCGGGGACAGCAGUCAACUCUGCCUUCAGUUUGACCCAUCUCGCUCUGUAGUGAGGCACUGGGUGUUUGGAGUGUGUAGGUUUGUCCUGGCAAUGUGGGAGCCGGCUGUUGAGGAUGCCAACGGUUGGGAUGCAGCGGCAGUGGGCAGCUCCGGGUCAGUCUGGCAGCAGAUUAUGUUGUGUAUCGGGGGGAUGUCAUUGCCAGCAGGAGACAUGGGCAGUGUUGGGGAUUGCUGGGAGCGGAGAUGGGGCUGGCAAAGUGAUGCUGCCUUCCACGGUAGAAAGAUACUUGGGAGGUGGAGGGAAAACCUUCCCUUGGGAAUACUUCCCUGCACUGCCUGUGUGGUUUUCUAUCUCCAGGCAGAGAUAAAACACAGUUUGCUCCAUAUCAUUAGCCUGCGUCAGCAGGAAGAAAAGCCAUGGCCUUGGGUGGGAUUGCCAGGAGAAGAGGCAGAGGAGCACUGCUUGAAAGCACCUUGGGAAGAGAUAGCAAGGAAGCAAGGAGGCAGAUUCCCCUGUGCCCACUCCCUGCUGCAUUAUCUCUCGUGGCAUUUCCUGAAGCCUCCUGGCUUCCCACAGCAGCCGUGGUAUCAGAUCAAACCCUCUCCUUCCCCAGCCCCUUCGCUCCAGUUGAUCAACCAAUUGAGCCUGAAAUAGCCCUGUCUGAAGUACAUCCCCUACUCUGCUCAAGUGAUGGCACUACCCAAAAUGCAGCCGGUAUGUUUUUUCCCCCUGUGGACCUGGGCACUGAGUUUGCAGAGAGACUGGGGAAGUGGGGACAUUGCUGCUCCCCUCCACAGCGUGCAUCCCUGCUCUGGUGGGACCCAGCCAGCUCUGCCCAUGGGCACAGAAGCCCCCAGCCUCCACAGCCAAGGAUGCACCACCGAGCCUCUCCCCAAAACCAUUGUCCUGAAACAUAAGCCCAGGUUUCAAAAGACUGUUAGUCCUCUUUCCCUUAUGCUGGCAGCUGAAUCCCACAAGAUAAAUAGCAUAACGGGAUUUUCCCAUGUAGCGCUCAGUUUCUGCUGUCGUUCCUAGCAUCAAAAGGAUACUUUUACCUUAGCUGGGCUUCCCCUGUUGCUGGGUCCGGGACUCCGCUUGGCUCUGGGUGUUGUAGGAAGGACUAAAUCCAGCACUGGCUUGCCAGUGGCCAUUCCCAAACCUAGACAGAGUUAUCGGAGCAAGCUUUUUGUUGGGGUGGGGGACUGCUGCAGUGCACAAAGUGUAUGUUAGUCCCAUCCGGCACCCCUUCACCCUGAUGAAUACCUUUCUGAUGGGGAGGAUGUGCUGGACCACAGAUACCAGCCAGCUCAGCGCCGAGACCCACAUCCUGGAGCCUCCUAUUCCUGUGGCAUCCCUGUGUCAAUCUCCACUCAGGUCAUUCCUGAGUCCUGCUUCAAUUCUUUGUUAUUUUUUUUUCCCCCAACAUGAAAAAAAAGUUCAGUGGUGAACUAUAUAUUAUUUGCAUGUGUAUUUUUCUAAAAAAAAGAAUAUUAAAAUAAACCAAAAAAUGCCCUUAAACCCUUCUCGACUGGGAUUGCGUGAAGGGUGGGGUGAGAGAGAGAUAUAUUGGAAUAAAUUGUCUUAAAAAUUA